AUGGCCCAUACUGCCGUCGCCAACACUCGAACAACACCUGUCACCACUAUCGUAGUUGCACAACAGGACACCAAACCCGCCGCCGAUAUGACGCGAUCAGCUUCAGCAGAGCCCACGAAGCCAGCCAAGCGCAAGGGCACCAGAAGCGUUUCAACCUUGACGCCGUCUCAGCUGGCACGCAAGCGUGCCAAUGACAGAGAAGCCCAGCGGGCCAUCAGGGCCAGGACGAAGGAGCACAUCGAGAGACUCGAGCGGGAGCUCGAGGAGCUCAAGAGCGAACGCAACCGCGACCAGAGUCAGACCGUCCAGGAGCUCUUGCGCAAGAACAAGGCCCUUGAAGAGGAACUGUUCAAGCUCCGUGAGAGCAUGGGCAUUCCCAACGGGCAGUCCUACCCAAAUUCAGGUACGGCUGCCGCUGCUGCCUCGUCCUCUGCGUGGGUGUCUCUGGCUCGUGCUGACUCUGCUCCAGUUUACGACGACAAUCUGAGUUCCAUUAGCGGGGCGGUUCCAAGCCCCAGAUCUUCGCCCUUUCCUUCGAACGGUGACUACAACGUGAUGCAAGAACUCGGCCCCUCGUACGUUCCCAUGCCGGAUGCGUCAGAGUCAUGGGGCCCAGGCAUCCCCGUUUCCGUGCCCUCGACCGUUUCGAGCCCGUCGUCUUCCGCUAACACGGACGAGUACGGUGCUGGUUAUAUUCCAACCAGUGUUCCCGCCCCGAUGAUGGACGCCCGUAGCAUCCCGGCGAAGAUGGAGUACGACGACGUCGACUCUGACGCUGGAUAUCCUCACAACCAUCACCCAAUGGGCCACCAACAAGUGCCCAUGGCCCAUCAGUCAUAUCUUCAUCACCAGCAAUCGUGGAAUACGUAUCCAACCCCGGUGUACUACCAACAACCGUCGGCUCAUUGA